ACGCAGGCCUGACAGGUAAAACCUUGGAGUUGCGUCAUGCCGAGGACAAAUACUUACCUAGGUACCUACCUAAGGUAAGGUACCAGAAGCAUAUGAUUGCUUCCAAGGUUGUCAGUCAGCUUGAAAAACCACUACAUAAUUUAGGUUGGUAGGUAGCCAGGUAUUUGUUUGCUUCUUCUCUUUCUCUCUUCGCAUUCUUUUUUCCCCUGGUUCCUGUUUAGCUAGUUGUGAUAGCUCCCUUUUUUUGGCGGGGGUCUAUUUAUACAUACAUACAUCUCGCAUAGUCUCGCAUAGCCUAGCUUGGCGUCGCGAACUGCUUCCCGUGUCUUAUCUUUCGUACAGUUAGUUAUUUAGUCUUUUAUCCCUCCCUAAAGAAAAAAAAAAAGGAAAAAGAAAAAGACAAAGAAAACGCCAUGGCGGCCCCGGCAUCCAAGACAAUUGGUGAUCUGAACGGGAAGUGGGUUCUGAACAAAACCCUCUCCGACCCCGUCGACCCCGCCCUCUCGCUCCAAGGCGUAAGCUGGCUCGUGCGCAAGGCCGUCGGCGCCGCGACCGUGACCCUCGACACGAAGCAGUACCGCGGCGCGCCGACGCCCCCCAACGCCUCGGCCGAGCCCGUCACGCGCGUCGACAUCCAGCAGAUCGCGACCGCGGGGCUCAGGGGAACGGCCGAGAACCGGUGUCUGGACUACGUGUUCCGCGAGCACAGCGACUGGCUGUUCGGGAAGGUGCGCGGGCGGAGCCGGUGGGUCGGCGCCGGCGAAUUGGCCGCGCUCGUGGAGGCGGAGGACGGGGAGUUUAGGAAGACGGGCGUGGUGGAGGAUGCGUUUGUUGCGCGCGAUUGGUUGGAAGGGGAAGAAGAGAAGGGCGGGCCCGAGGGCGAGACGCAUAUCUUGAACCACGUCGAGAGUCUGGAUGCCGGGUGGACGGCGCUGCAGGUCUGGGGGUUCCAGAAUGUCGGCGGCGAGAGGAGGUAUGUCCGGAACGUGGUUGUCGCGAAGGACGGCAAGUUUGUCAAUUUCAAGAUGGUGUACGACUGGGUCCCUGAGUAAAUCUGGGACAGAUAGGUAUCUUAAAUGAGGUGAGGUGAGGUAUUGCUGCGGUACUCAGUACCUACCUCCCUUGCGGCGGUCUCGGGUGUUGAAGGGCACUGGAGGUUUUAUCUAGUAGCUGGGUGGAACGAGAUUAUUCGAGUGUGUGAUAUUUAAACCGGGGGAACGAUUCAAAUGUCUAUAUAUUACCGAGCAUAGCUCUUCACGUUGAUUCGCAAUA